CUUUAAUGCUUUUUUGACUUCUGAGAUUUUCUUCUGCCUUUCCAUUUUCAGUAGCAACUCAGAUGGUAUUGGAAUGGCCAUUUUCAUCAUCUGGGUCAGCUGGGUGGUCCAUGAUAGAACAAGCUAAAGAAGAGUUGCAGAUGCUGGAAGCAAAUCACCCUCAUCGUUUUGAUUAUCUGAAACUUGAGCUCAGAUCAUUCAUCUUCCUCCUCGAGUCCCAAAACUUGCAGCUUCCCAAGAACAGCACCAUGAUGUCCUGUUCCGCUGCUACCACCCAAGCUUCAACAAGCAAGAAGAGGAAGAAGAGUGGUUCCGAGAUGCAAAGAAGAAUGGAGAGUAAUGUUGAAGCAUGCAGACGAAAACUUCCGAGGGUUGGUCAUGGUGGUGGGUACAUGAAAAGGAAUGACAGUGUUGAUGCAGCUAUUGAGAGGGCCCAAGCUUGUCUCCACAAGAUUCAGCAAUUCAAGAACCAGUUUUUGGUGAUAUAGGACAAGGGUGGUCAUAGUUUUGACUUAAGGGCACGUAUGGGUGUCAAAAGAGAAUCGAACCAUUUCAUUUUUCUGUCUUAAAGUUACAAUCGAGUCACAUUUGAGGCAUUUUUUGAACUAUUGGGUGAGUAUGUUAUUGGUAUGUGGUAUGCUUGUCAUUUGGACUCGGGUAUGUGAGCUUGGGUAUGCUGGUCAUUUGGAUUCUCUUGUGAAGCUUUGUUGAGCAUUUUGCAUU